UGCACACGGUCGUAUAUUAUAUUAUUAUUGUGGAAUAAGUCGUGAGGAUAGUAUCGACCGUCGUCGGUUGUUCGGCCGUCCGUUAUAUUAUAUUUUCUUUUGUACGCUUUCCACCUCCGCCCGCCCAUUCGCACUCAAUUAUAUAUUAUAUGUAUUGUACUUAAUACUUAACGAUUUUUAUUUUUUCUAAUUGGAUUUCGCUUGCGACGCAUAAGUAAAUAAUAACAACACUGUCGUCAUUACCUAUUUUUAUUUUUUCGAUACAAUACUCCGCGAACGACCGUAUAGGCACCUACGCGCAUUACACUGCAACGCGGCAGCCACAAUUCAUGUCAAUAUACAUAAUUAUUAUUACAUAGCCAUAUAGGUACCGUAAACGUAUAGUGCGCCUCCGUAAACUAACCAUAUAAUAAUAUAUCGCCAACGGUCACACACCAAGUCGGAGUCAUCGUCGGACAGCGUCGUCGUAGAGAAUUUGUCGUGCUGCUGACUUACCUACUGGUCGAAUUUAUACUACGGCUGCAAACCCGACGAACGGACGGCGGCCGAACGAACGAACGAACGAACAAGCGGCGCUGGUCGACGGCAGCGGCGGCGUCUGCGACUACCGCGGUAUAAGGUCACUGUAUAUACGUAUAUACCGCGGAGGCGGCGGCGGCGGCGUCGACUACGACAUACGCGGGCGCCGGCGGCGGCGAAGUCAUGGACCCCAGUGUGCUUUCAGCGAUGGACCGGGACGCGCUCAAGAAACAGAUCGAAAACAUGCGCUACCAGUCCACAAUGGACCGAUGGCCGCUAUCCAGGAGCAUACAGGCAAUGAGAGAGUUCGUCGAGGAAAACGAAAAAACUGAUCCAUUAAUCCACGCUCCAGACAAAAAGAACAACCCUUGGGCGGAAAAAGGGAAGUGUGUAAUAAUGUGAACGAUUUUUUUUACACACUCAACUCGGCGCUGCCGCCGCCGCCGCCGCCCACACAGCCGUGCCACGCUGCCCUGUCGGCAUUGGAUCCGGUCAAACUUACAUUUUCUUUACAUUUUAUUAACGCAAUCAUUUAUUUUUUAUUUGAUGAAAAAUAUAAAAAAUAAUUGUAAUACAUUUCCAAUAUCGUGUAUUUUUUCGUUUUAUUUUGAAUUAUAAAAAUACAUUUUUAAUAAAAAUUAAAAAAAUUAUAACAUAAAAACGAGUAUUUUAAGGGUAAUUAUAUAAGCUCAAUAAAAUAUAAAAAUAAUAGUCUUGGUUUCAAAUAUGAUAAUUUAAUUAACUAGGUAGGUCGAUAAUAGGUAGGUAGGAUGCGUGCGCGCCUUAACGUUAUCAAUUUCUGUGUGAGUACUUAACGAUAAAUACGUCUUCGUCUUGUUUUUUGUUUGUUUUUCUUUCUUAAUUUUUAGAUUAAAUCUUAUAUUAUAUAAUUUUUAUCUUUAGUCACAUUAUUAUUCUAGUCACUGUAAUUAAGCCCAUCUCAGGUAUAUUAUUUAUAUCUCGUAUACCUAUAUAUUAAUAUUAUAAUUAUAAAUAUUUAUAAAUAUUAAAUACUAUAUUAAACAUGUAUUAUACUUUUAUUAAUAAAAUAAUUUAUAGCUAAGCAUCAACAAUCAUCGUAUAAUGUCGGCCACUUUUUUUUGUAAUCCAUAUUGCAAUAAACCUGUAAGGCCCACCGAGGUUACUAUAAUAAUAAUACUAUACAAUAUACACAGUUAAUGUUUUAUCCGAAAUAUAUCCUAAUUCCUCCCCCAUCCGAGCUUAAUUAUAUGAAAUUUCGCGUCGUGACGUUUCUAUAAGAUUUUAUACAUUUUUU